AUGAAUCCAUUGAACAAAAUCAUCUUCCUCCUGGCCUUCUUGGCCUUUGGGUUCCUUCUUAUCCUCCUUUCGUGUGCUCUCUACAACAACUGGAAGCCGCUCUGGGUAAUUGGCAUUUUCCUUGUGGCUCCGUUGCCUAAUAUCAUACUGUCUUCAAUUGAAAGCAACAGAAACGAUUUCUUGACGUUCAGCAACGACAGAGGGAACACUCCCACACCUUUACAAGAACUGGCGAAGGUGAUUACCGGGUUCUUACUUGUGAGCGGUAUUGCAUUGCCCUUGACCAUGUACCACACCCAGCUUAUAGGGGUAGGCUCCUUGUUUAUGAGUGUAAUCGGUGGUCUCAUUGUCUACAGCGACAUCAUAGUGUUCAUAUGGUUCUUUUCCGAGCACGAGGACGAGAACGAUGACUUCAACUUUUAA